CUCCAAUUGAUGCAAGCAUUCGAACCUACCAUCACUAUUAGCUGCUACAAUGGACAUCUCAACGACCACCGACUUCUCUACUCUCCAUCACAAAUCCUUCAUCGGCAAGCCAGCCGCCACACUCCCUACCCCGUCCCUGAUCAUAAGCAAGCCCAUCCUCGAGAAGAACAUCGCUCAGUUGCAAGAGGAUGUACAAAAGCUGGGCAUUGCAUUUAGGCCGCAUGUUAAGACACUCAAGUCUUUGGAAGUGACACGCAUGAUGCUAGGCAAUGGCUUGAAUCGCCGACUCGUGACGUCCACCAUGAGUGAGAUUCGGGGUGUGAUGCCCCUGGUGCGGGAGAAGAUUGUUGACGAUAUCCUCUACGGCAUCCCCAUCUACCCCAGCUGCCUAUCGGAACUCACUGCCCUAGCUAAGCACGUGCAAAUCUCACUCCUGGUCGACUGCGCACAGCACCUUGAUAUCCUUGAUGAAUUCAACAAGAAGGCCGGCACCGCAAUCUGCUGGCCUGUCUUCAUCAAGAUCGACGUCGGAUCCCGUCGCGCUGGAAUGCCGAGUACUUCCGACCUGCUGCCUGAUCUGGUCCGGCGGGUGGAGGGCUCGUCGGCCGCGAAGCUGCAGGGGUUUUAUUGUCAUGCGGGACACUCGUACUCGUGCCGAAAUGCGGAGGAGGCGGAGCGGGUGCUCCGGGAGGAGGUGAAUGGGGUAGUCAAGGCUGCGCGGUGUGUCCGGGCCCAAGAGACAGAAGUAAUGGAGGAUGAGGGGCCCGCCACGCAACAGCAGAGGAAGCUGGUAGUGAGUAUCGGAUCGACGCCGACGGCACAUGUGGUCAGCACAUUGAAGGAGACCCUACCCGAGGGGCUGGAAUUGGAAUUGCAUGCUGGGAACUACCCCUGCAACGACCUCCAACAAUUCUCCACCGGCCUCAUCACUGAAAAGCAGAUGGCGGUGCGCGUUCUCGCCGAAGUAUGCAGCGUCUAUCCGGAGCGCAAUGAGGGGCUCAUCAAUGCGGGCACCGUCGCGUUGACCAAGGAGACCAGCGCAGUGCCGGGCUUCGGGCGUCUCACGGAGGAUCCUCAGUGGUCGGUGGUGCGGAUGACGCAGGAGCAUGGGAUUCUGGGGCUGAGUGAUCCGGCCUCAGGCGGGAAGGUGGAGGAGACGUUUCACUGUGGGCAGAAAGUCAUGUUGUUCUGUCAGCAUGCUUGUAUUACAGCUGCGCAGCAUUCUGUGUAUUAUGUUGUGGAUGAGGGGGAUGUUGUUAGCGAGGUAUGGAUUCCUUGGAAGGGGUGGUGA